AUUCCUGGCUGAAGAUAGAAGUAAAGAUCAAAAGGAAAAGAGGAGGAUGAUGAUGCUGUUAUCAGCCGAUUAUCUAUCUUUCUCGUCCAAUGUUUGCUUCCUCAGAGAAUUCAAUCGCAGUUUCGGUUUGGAUUCUCGUCGCCGGCGAAAGAUUGGUAGAUGCUGUAGAGCCACUCUCAUCACAAAUUCCGAAUCUUUCGAGGUUGGGAGGCUAAUUGGCAGCUAUGGAUUCAUGAACAUUACUAGUUACUCUGGGUUUCAGUCGGGAAUGGGGAUGGAAUUUGUACCAGAAGAUGUCGGCAGAUUUAGGGCUCAAGAUGUUGGAGAAGGAAGUGUAAAUAUCAGACUUUAUGAAGGAAGAAUAGCUCAGGGCCCACUUAGAGGUACCUCCGUUAUUUUUAAGGUGUAUCCAGGGCAACAAGUUGGCGGCUUCGAAGCUGACUCAAUGGCUGCAAAUGAGCUCAGCGCCCAUGCUUCACUUCAAAGCAAUUCGAAAGCUGUAGCCUGCCAGAAUAUCCAGGUACUUCUUGGAGGAUUCGAAACAAAGACUGGUGAGCAGUGGCUUGCAUUCCGGAAUGACGGAAAGUACACUGCUGCUGACUAUGCAAAAGUGGCAAGUGAAAAGAUGUCGAAGAUUAGUGAUCUUGGUGGGCAGAGAAAUUGGAAUCCUUUUGAGAAAGAUGAAACUGUAAAGAGGAGAAGGUACUUCGUGACUAAACUGCUUCAAGGCACUAUUCGUGGCCUGGCUUACAUGCACGACCAUGACAGAUUGCAUCAAAGUCUUGGACCUGCUUCUGUUGUUCUCAAUACAAUGGCGGAAAAAGAGGCUUCUUAUUUGAUUCCAAGGCUUCGAGAUCUUGCAUUUUCAGUGGAUGUAAGGUAUUCUGAGAUAGAGGGAGAUACGAGGACAUUGUCUGAAGGACUUUGGAGAAGGGCAUCAGUUGCUGGUGCUUUCACUCUUAUGGAGAAACGAGCUUUCGGAAUAGCAGAUGACAUAUAUGAAGCUGGUCUUCUUUUUGCAUAUAUGGCUUUCAUUCCAUUCUGUGAAGCAGGUGUCAUGGACAGCCUCUCGUUACGAAGGCUUCUUGAGAAUACCUUCAAACUCGAUGUCCAAGCCAUGAGAGAAUAUUGUUUAGCUGAUGAUCGUCUUCUUGAAGCGGUUAAAUUUCUUGAUCUUGGUGAUGGUGCCGGUUGGGAGUUACUCCAGGCUAUGCUAAAUGGUGAUUUUCGGCAGAGGCCUAUUGCAGAGGCAGUACUGAACCAUAGAUUCUUGGCUGGAGCUUUCGUUUAACAUGGCAAGCAAGCAGAAGCUGAAUAUGAAAAAUGAUUGUGAAGAAAUCUACUUUUUGCCAAAUUGAACCCUCUGUAAUCAUAUGAUAGAUAACAUGUACACAGUUUAUUGAAUUUAAUUGUUUAUGUACAAAUAUUUAUUUAAUUAGUAUACACUUUUAGAUUAUAU